GAGGGAGGAGGAAGGGAAAGAGCCUUUCAGCGGGGACAGAAGGGAAAGAGUCUCCGUUUCAAUGGAAUAAAAACUGCGCAAUUUCUUUACGCACUCCCUGCUCGGAUCACUCGCACCGUUGCUGUCCAUGAGACGGAUAUCAGCAGCGCUUUCUGGAUGAUUGUUGGCGUGGGGGAGUCCGUUCCCCAUUGCAACCCCCCCGCUGUCUUUGAGGCUUUUUUUUAAGGCUUCACCAGCUUGCGAUUUUUUCUUAACCCGACGGUGUUCAGAUGAAGGAAAAAGAAACGCGAUAUGACUGUGCAGAUGCAACAUCACUGACGAGUGUGUUCGUCAUGCCUUGCCCAUGGGCGAACGCAUCCACAUUUUCUGUGCUGGAGGGGGGCGGGGAGGGGGGUCUGCGAUCUCCGUGCGCAGUGCUUCCCCGUGUCAUAAUUUGCGCCUAAACGCGUUAUUACGGACGUUGAAUGGAAAGGCUUAGUAUUUUUAUUUUUCGUCAGUGGGGGAGAUGAGAGGGCUUUUAGAGGUCUGCGUCAUCCCGUGGCCGUGGAAGGAGAUGGGCUACUUUGCAGAUUUUCCACUGUUUUCACAGCCAGAGUCAGCGCGGCACCUCCCCAGCACGUUUUGGAUCACACACAGAAGGGCCAAAGUGAGGAGCAUGGCUAAGCCUUGUCGCGGCAUGUUUAAAGAGCCGCCGGCGCCCGACUGAGGCCAUGAGUUUGGCUGGCUACACUGCAGGCAAGAAUGGGCAAGUGCAUCAGCCCCACAGCAUGGAAAUGGGAGGGAGUCUGCGCCUUGCCCCUGCAAGUGUCCACCUGCUCAGGUACAGGCAUUUGGCCACCCACUUGGUCCAUACGCAUCCAGAGUGUUCUCAACAGUGGCAGGAGCUGAGAGGUGUCAUGGUGUCCGGUGGAUGCUAAAAAAGACAUCACCUCUGACCUCAAGGAUUGAGGAGACCCCGGAAGAAAUGAUUGGCAGCUGAAGCUGAGACUUAACACAACUGUGAAUCAAUAACUCGGUGCUACUCUAAAGGUGCGCACAGCGCAGUUGGCUUUUAGGCUCCUGGUGCUGAAGAUAGAGGUGUCAGACCUCCACAUAUUCUCAGUGUUGGAGUGAGGCCCUCUCUGAGCUGCAGUGGAGGGCUUCACAGAUACAGCUAGUCUGGCUGGAUGCAUCACCCAGUAGAGCAGUUUGGCGGGCGAGGCACACGGGAUUCCUUCCCUCUGGACGAACUCAACCGGGGGCCAUGGCCUCCCGUGGGCGGCCGCGCCUGGCAGCCACCUGCCAGGUGUUCACCUACAAUGAACCAACACCAGCUACUUCCCCAUCUACCUCCUGGACCUAUGGGUGGAUUAAACCAUCACAGCAAAUAUUUCAGUAAUGGGCCGAUGCGAGGAAGCGAGAAGCUCGAUCUCCCACAGCCAAUGUUACCACCUCUGCAGAGGGAGCAGCAGAGACCUCCCCACCAUCUUCAUCCUCCACCUCAUCACAGAGCGUGGGAAAUUAGCCAGCUAUAUGAUUCCCACCUUCCUCCUCGAGGACAUCCGGUCAUGCCCCUGCCCAAUGACCUCUCGCUCCGUCUCCAUAAUGGAGGCUACGGGGGCAGCGGCGGACCUCCGCCUAACCCCCAUUUCCCCUCCAGGGGGCCAAACCACAUGCUGAAAUUUGGGGGUCCUCAGGAGCCGAAUGUUCCCCGGGGUCCACCUUUGCUGGGAGAUGACAUGUGGGCUCAGGUGCACCAGCAGAGGCCAUACCCAGGAAAGAUGCAAGGAGGUCAGCUGAAGCGACCAGGCCCUCCGCUGGGUGAACACUCCGUUAUCCAACACACGCCUUCACCAUCGCUGCACACGCCCUCACAGUCUACAGCAGAGGAGUGUCCCAGCCCCAGCAAAAGGAAAAAGAGUUCAGAUCAGGUAUCUCACCCUGGGCUACAACGUUUCUCUGGUGCUGGCCAAUCUUUGCCGCAGCAGCAGUCGUCUGCUCAGCACCACCCUCCAAAGCCCGCCUUCUGGAACCCCAUUCACAAGGACAGCAGUGUUCCCUGGCAGCCACAAACCUCAGAGCGCAAGAACCCACAAUCACAUGAGUUCCAGGAAAACAACAAACAAGGUAUGGGCAGCUACACCCAGAGGUCCUCUCCUGCAUCUUUGGCCCCUUCCAACCUCGCUCCUUUACCCAACUCCCCUCCGGGAAGCUACAACCAGGGAUGUGCUCCUAAGAUUCAGAAAGACAAGUUACAACCUCAGGCUGUAAACCAUCGGUCCCCUCACUCCUCCUACCCCAGUCCUGGCUCCAAACCGGAGAGUGCUCCGCCAUCCCAAGCUAAAGAGACUCGUGGUCCUCAGAUGCAGAGAGGCCCUCUCAUUGGGGGCCAAGGUGGCAGCCAAGCUACCUCUCACACAGCAUCAACUCCAACCAGGGGAGACAGAGAUCAUCACCGACAUGCCCAGUCAUCACCAGCAAACGUUUCUGCGACCGGCAGCAACAACAGCAGCAGCAGUGUGCCUUACAGCCACUUCCAGCCUCAUCCAGGGCUGGUCCACCAGGGUCCUCCUCCUCCACCGCCUCAAGCCAGCAGCACCUCAGUACCUCAGCAACAGCAAAGCGGUCCACAUGAGGCCUGGAGAUAUCAGAGCACGCCCAGCAAUCACUCCCUGGAGUCGGGCAGCUACAGGCCUCCAGGGCUGCUACCUCAGUGCCAGCAGAGCCACAAUCAGGUCGUGGAUAGUCGGCAUCCAGGUUCCUCCCGGCAUCAACAUCACGUCAGCCCUCCCCUGCCACCUACUCGAACACCUGUCAUCACAACCAACCCUCCUAUGUCCCAGACCCCCUGCUCUGUCAGCCGCCAUAGCAACGGCAGCGGCUCUAAUAGAGUUGCUAUGGCUGCUUCCUCCGCAGUGGCCACAUCUCCCCUGCUGGCUGCUCUGUGAACAAUGACAGUACUAGUAACCGCUGGCAAGGAGGAAGGGAGCCAGCCCCACAAACCCCUACCAGUGGCGUCAUUAACUCCAAAUCUCACAGGGAUGCUCUGCAGCAGCCAGGCAAUCAUCGAGGCCCAGCUCCCACCGCAAACCAGUCUCACCAACACGGAGCUACCAAGUCCCAGCAUAUGAAGGGGAAAAUGGCGUACUAUGCUCAGGCUCAACUGGAAAAACCUCCAUUUUCCUCCUCAUCUUCUCUGUUCUCCUCAGGGCAAAACAGGGCAGGGGACAGUGUGAUUACAAACACAGUUUCAAGUCCGCUUUCCAACUCUCCAACUUACUGCCCGGUUUCUCGCUCCACCGUCAGCUCUGCUCCUCAACCAUCCAGCCCAGCCCUCCCCUCCAAACAGAUGUUCUCUCAUCCGCAAACUCCAACCUCUGUCCCUCAAUCCAUCGAAGAGGCUCUCGACAAACUCGAUGCUGAGCUAGAGGGACACAUGCAGGCUGAGGAAAGGAGGAAGCUAGAGAGAGAGGAGCAAGAAAGAAAAAGAAGAGAAAAAGAGAGAGAAAAGAGGGAAUGGGAAAUGAGACAAAAACAGGAAGAGGAGAGGAAGAGGCUAGAGC